UAAGCACGUGUUACCGGUAUUUCAUUGGCGAGGAGUUAAUGCGCAUAUGCAUGUAGAUAUUUUUUUAAUCUUAAUCAAGCAGUUUGUAUACCUUGAUACCAGUGUUUGAUAUUUGGACUCCUUUUAUAUUAAGAAAUAUCGGCAGUUUACUGAUGUAAACAAUACUGACGUUUUAAUUAUAAAAUACAAGCGAUGGAUCAUUUUACCACACAAAGUGCAAAAAAUCAUUCAACUCAAAUAAAAACUAAGACUAAAACAAAAAAAAGGAAAAUGUUUCCUAGAAGAAAUGUGUAUCAUAAUUUACAGUAUAUGAAGAAAGAAUUAACUAUUUCUUUGUAUAAUACAUCUUCAUGUUUACCAAGUUAUAAAAGUUAUACAAGUUUGAAACAAUGUCUUUUCAACAAGGCUGAGACUGGAAAAGAAAUAUAUCAGUUUAUUCUAGAAAGAACUAUGAAAAAUAAUAUUGUUGCUGAUUAUGAAGGUUCUAUUCCACUUGUUUCUCCGCUUUUAGAGCAAUUUAAAAAGAGACAUACAAAAUUUCAUUAUUUUAGUGUUAUGAAGCAUUUAACCCAGAAACAAGAAUCCAGUGAAGUAACGUCAGAAUGCGAAUAUCAGGUUAAUAAGAAGCAAUUAAAGUUAUUUUUUGAUCUUAUAUUCUCUAAAGUAAUUCCUCUGGAUCUGUUUGGAAAGUUACGGAAUUUAAAAAAAAUAAAACUAGCUAUGUUUCACUUACUGGACACACCAUGCUUUAAAUCAUUUAAUUUGACACCUUUUAUUGAAAAAUUAGAUAUCUCUAGUAUUACAUGGCUGCAAGGUAUUAAAACUACAAGGAUACAAUGGUACAUUAUAGCAAAACUUGUAAAAUGGCUUUUUGUUGGAUUUCUUUUAAAGAUAUUAUACACUUAUUUUCAUAUGACAUUAGCUUCUAAAAAUAAUGAAAGAUUAUAUAUUAUGCGUUCAAUUUGGAACUCCAUUCAAAGGAAAUUUAUUAAGAAAGGAAAACGUUCAAAUACCUUGCAACCUGAUAUUAACUAUAAGGGAUGGAAGCCACCAAUAGGCAGAUAUGUAUUGAUUCCUAAAAAUUCUGAUGUGCGACCUAUAUUUAAGCCAGAGUACGUUAAACCAAAAUAUUAUACCAUUGACCAUAAGAAUCCUGAGACAAAUCAUUUGAAUCUAAUAUUUAAAUUUUUAAAACAAUUGCAUACUACAAUAUAUGGAAACACUAAUUUUGGAAACGAAUGGGAAUCAAUUGUUCAACAUAAACGUAAUGAAGGAACAACACAUUUAUAUUUUGUGUCUUGUGAUGUAACAAAUGCUUUUGGUUCUAUAAUACAAGAGGAAUUAUAUAACAUUAUAAAAUCACUCUGUAAAGAUCUUCCUGAAAAUUUGAUACUCAAGUAUUAUGCAGUUAAAAGUAAAAAAUUUGUGGAGGAGAUUGUAUGUUAUAAACAAUAUUUCUCUGAUCCAAAUUUAUUAUUACCUUUAGUACCUGGUACAUUAUAUUCAAAUACAAAUAUGAGAUGGCAACAAGUAAAAAAAAAAUGGCUAUUAGAAAAAAUUUCACAAGUUAUUUUUCAACAAAGAGUAAAAAUAAAUGAAGAGGUUCAUGUUAUAACAAAAGGAGUUGUUCAAGGUGCAAUUACAUCAUCAGUUUUAUCAGAUAUAUAUUAUAAUUUUGUAUUACAUAAAGCAAUGUCAACAUACUUAACAAGUGGAAAAAUUAUAAAAUAUGUAGAUGACAUUUUAUAUGUCACUAAAAGUGAAAGUGUUGCAAGACAAUUUUUACAACUUACAAAAGAAGGAAUCCCACAGUAUAAUUGUUACUUUAAACCGUCAAAGACUCGUACUAAUGUUGUGGCUUGCGAUGGAAACAUAGCUGUGGACAAUAUUGCUUACAUUGGCUAUGAAAUUAAUUGUACUACUUUAGAAGUAGAAUAUAAACAUUCACAUACCAAUUUCAGUCAUGCAAUAAAAGUUUCUAAAAAGGAUGAUUUACCUCCUCUAGUAUAUUUAAGAAAGCGGUUAAGUAAUAUAGCACGUUUGAAAUUAUCAAAAUUUAUUUUGAACAGAACAAUUAAUUCUGAAAACACUAUAAUGAGAAUCAUAAAACGAGCAUGCUUAUUACAGGCAGAAUAUACUCGCUUUUUGAUAAAAGAGUUAUUUGAUAAUAAGCCAAGAAAUAUCCAAGAUAUACUUUUAGUUAUGCAAAAUAUUGAUAAACGAAUUGCAAGACACAUUAUAAAAACAUCUUUAAUAGGUGAGAUAGAAACAAUAGAUAAAUCAAGUUUCAAAAAAUGGAAUCACAAAAUUUUACACAUCUUAUGGAUGUCUUACAAAACAGUCUUUAUGAAGGAUAAAAUUUUACAACCAAAAUUUAUUAGAUACUUUUCACAACGUAAAAAAAUACAAGUAAACAAAUCUCAUAAAUUAUAAUAUCAUUCCAAUAUAUUUAUAUAUUCUAUAUUUCUAUUUUUAUAAAAUUAUAUGUGCAGUAUUAAAUAUAUGAAUUUACGAAAUA